UCAAUGCUUCACCUCAAGACGCUUGCGAGUCUUACGAGUACAGCCAACUGCAAAUACCGCAGUUGCUUAUGUUUAGAGACCAGAAAUCACACUUGAUAAGAGUGUAGGAUGCUUGAAAAAUGUCAGUACUGCGAGGCGGUCUCAGAAACUAAGGACAAAGGAUAAAAAUAAAUCAGUAAGAGGUGAAAUUUAUGUAAAAACGUUAAAAUAUAUAAAUAUCAUGGAAAAAAGGAGAGGAGCGCACAAAAACAAUUACACCUAAUUGUUGGUUUCAAUUGAUUAAAAUAUAAUAGUAGAGCAUGUGCCUGUGACGGCUGCUCCACGACUGGAAGGCGUGUUUUUAUCAAAUUGCUGAUGAUAGAGGAGAGAGAGAGAGAGGGUUAAGCCAGUGUACACAGUCAAGCGUGCUAAUGACGUAACACCACGUACAGUCACGGCACGCGGCUCGUGGCCAGUCUCGCGCGGUCGGCAUGGGGAUAUCGUUGAGGAGACUGGCCUCCGUCAUUGGUAUCAAGGUCCCUUUUCCACUUAGUGGUUUUGAGAAGAGGGCUCGUGCUCCUUCCGAUGCACAGUUUUCUUUACUCGUCCGUUAGUCUCGUCGCCUCUUGACCUUCGCGCGGAAAAAGGACAGACAGGGUCACGACACUCUCGCCGCACCCGACUUUUCAACAAAACGUAUGCACGGAGUCUUCCUCGGAUUAUCACUGUCAAGCAACGCUCUCAGAUAUGACAAGCAACCACAGCAACACAGUAGCCCCCUUAUCUGAAAACAGCUCCACUUCAAGUGUUCAGCAUGUCACGGACGUAGACAAAACGGACUUUAACGACAAGGAAGGGGCCGAGUUGACACCCUCCGACAAGGCUCGUUGUGUGUCUGCAAGGGAUGUCAUCCAGCUUGGCGUGUCAUUGGUGCUGGGAUGGGCAUUUGGCGUGGCCCUAGAGAAAAGCAGAGUGUUUGAGCCGAAAUCCAUCAGGCUGCAAAUGGUAUUCGAGCGAUGGAUUAUGCUGAAAAUGUUUCUGACGGCAGUUGCUACAGGUCACCUUGUUCUAGGUGUCAUGUCUCUAAUACCAAUCUGCAAAAGCCGCCUGGAGCUAGCAGAAGAAGAAUACCUGUGCUGUCUGAAGAAGAAGGGGAUAAUCACUUCCUGCCUAGGCCCAUUCCUUCUAGGAGUUGGAAUGACACUGGCGGGUGCAUGUCCCGGCAUGGUCCUAGCGCAGGUUGGAGCCUGGGUUCCCAAUUCCAUCUUCACACUGCUGGGUUGUCUGCUGGGCGCCUUGCUGUACGGCCUUGUGGCUUCUACUGUCGAGCGGCUCACACAACCCAAAACUCCUUUCAUCCAUCACCAAGUUCACAAGAAGCUGAACAAGCCAUUCGCCCUGCUGGCUCUGCCUGCCUGCUGCUUGCUGGCUGUUACUGUGCUACUGAUGGAACUCUUCCUGCCGUAUCAAGACAACCUAGAGCACCCUGAAAAGCUCAGUUACAACAUAGCGGAGACGAUUGCCUGGCCACCAUCUGUUGGAGGAAUGAUAGUUGGCGCCCUUCAACUGCCAAUGGUGCUGGUGCUAAAAGACACCCUAGGAAGCAGUUCCAGCUACGUGACUGUAAUGUCACAGUGGGUGGUGACCUCUAACCUGCAAAGAAAGUUCCAGUACUUGGCAGUGCGACGAACUGGUGUGGGAAACUGGUGGCAAGUAUUUUAUGUGUCGGGGGGCAUUGUGGGCGGCUUGUCGUCUUCACUCGCCUCGCACUCUCUGGCCUCAUCACAAGGUGUGGGCGUGUUUGAGGCGCUGUGUGGAGGGGUCGUCAUGUUGUUAGGGGCGCGGCUGGCCGCAGGAUGCACGAGUGGACACGGCAUCUCGGGGGUGGGGCUGCUGAUGUGGCUCAGCCUGCUGGCUGUUCCCUGCAUGUUUGGCGGCGCCAUCGUCACCGCAUUCAUCAUGCGUGCAUCUAAUGGUUCACUGGACAGAUUCGUCAACGAAACUCUGGUCAUUUAAGAUGUGAAUGACGACGACCACGAAGAUGACACAUUAUUCCUGACGUUGACCAGUUGAUACAUCUUGUUGCUUUAGGAUAUAACACUUGAGCACAGCUAUGUAUAGCCACGACCAAGUUGACAAGAAAGAGUGUUGUAUUUCAAUUUUAUGUACUUCCAUAUAGGAAAAGAGAAAAUUUGAGCUGAUUAAUAAUGAUAGUAGAGCGGUGCUCUUAAAACGAUUGCACCCAUCAACAGUGUUGCUAAGUGAACAGAAAUCAGACCAGGACACCAAUGUGCUGGAACCACCAUAGCUAGCUGCUACAAAGUUUAUUGUACAGAUGACAUUUACAGAAGGAGCAUGGUGAUUCUUAUUGUAAUGAACCUACCUUUAGAAGGGACAGAACUCAAUUAUAUUUAUACUUCCCUUUCACCUGUUUGUAUUGCAUUUGUGUUGACAGUUUUCUUUUACGUUCGUAUUUCAUUUGGAUUGCGAUUUUGACUUUGAAAUUGUACCAUGGUAUACCUUAUUGUUUACUAACACUCUGUUUUAUUACAUAACUUGUUAUUUAUAUAUAUAUAAGUUCAUUUGUUUCAUGCUAUCCAACUGUGCUGUAGCCAAGUUUGUUGAAGACGCUUACAGUUCAAACUAAGGACACAUCACGUGAGAAGAUUUGACUGGGCAGAAGUGGAGGACAGUCUCGUACCGAGCUGACUUCUGACCUUUAUAGACUAAGCAAGAAAGAGAAUGUCUUUGAAUGCGUCUGGAGAAAUCAAGAAAGAUGGGUGGAGGUCUUGCUUGUGGAGAAAUACAAAAUAUGGCGGACGUC